AUGUCCCCCAACUACAUCCGGAGCUUCUCGGAGGGAUGUCUCAGGCCGCCAACAGUAAUUGGACAAUUCCACACGCUUUUUUUUGGCUCAAUUCGAAUGUUUUUUCUCGGUGUUUUGGGCUUUGCUGUUUAUGGAAAUGAGGCCUUGCAUUUCAGCUGUGACCCAGACAAGAGAGAGGUUAAUCUUUUUUGUUACAACCAGUUCAGACCUAUAACUCCUCAGGUAUUCUGGGCAUUACAGCUGGUGAUUGUACUGGUACCUGGAGCCUUUUUUCACCUUUACGCUGCUUGUAAGAGCAUCAAACAGGAAGAUAUUCUCCAAAAGUCAUCCUACACUGGUUUUUAUAUCUUUUCUGUUUUCUUAAGGAUUGUCCUUGAAGUUGUGGCUUUUUGGCUUCAGAUUCAGCUCUUUGGUUUCAAAGUGAACGCAAUCUACAUGUGUGAUGUGGGAGCACUUGAAAAAAAGUUUAACAUUACCCGGUGCAUGGUGCCAGAGCACUUUGAAAAGACAAUCUUUCUUAUUGCGAUGUACACAUUUACCGUGAUUACAGUGAUCUUGUGCGUUGCUGAAAUUUUUGAGAUCUCAUGUAGAAGGCUAGGUUUCUUAAAAACUCAGUGA